ACGUGACGUCAUUUUACAGCGACACCAACUGUUGUGUUCUCUCAGCGAUGGUUGAUCCCGAAGUGAUUAUUUCAAAUAUAUAAACUGUCUUUCUGGAGGCACGAAAGAAAUUUUGUUAAACAGAUGGGUCUUCCCUCGCACCUGCCGCGAAUUGAACAAUUCGUAGCAUCACGGUUUUUGUGCAGCUGUUCGCGUUAUUAUGGGAGAGGAAGCAGACAAAGGCAACAAGUUCAGCACACAUCUUCAAGGGCGUACAAUGUUGUGCCACCAGCUAGAGACAGCACAGAGAAAGCCAUGAUGGACAGAAUGCUCAGGGUGGACCAUGCAGGAGAAUAUGGAGCCAACCGAAUCUAUGCUGGGCAGAUGGCUGUUCUUGGAAGAACUUCAACGGCAGCGUUGAUUGAGCACAUGUGGGACCAGGAGAAGCAGCACUUGAAGACAUUUAUUGAGCUGAUGGCAGAAAACAGAGUCCGCCCUACCAUCUUAAUACCAUUCUGGAAUGUUGCAGGUUUUGCUUUAGGAGCUGGGUCAGCACUGUUGGGAAAAGAAGCAGCAAUGGCCUGCACUGUAGCGAUUGAAGAGAGUAUUUCUGAACAUUACAACAGUCAGAUUAGAGAAUUAAUGGAAGAAGAUCCUGAAAGAUACAAAGAUUUACUUGAGCUGAUCAAGACUUUCCGUGAUGAAGAAAUGGAGCAUCAUGACAUUGGUUUGGAACAGGAUGCAGAGAUGGCACCUGUAUUCUGGUUACUGAAGAACACAAUACAGGCUGGCUGUAAGGCUGCAAUAUUUCUUUCUGAACGCUUCUAGUUUUUAUAUAAUUAUUGAGUAUCAUAAGGAGUCUAAAUCCUUAAGCUACAGAAGGAGGAUAACACACCCUGAUUUACCUGUCAAUUUGCAGAAGACAAAUGAUCAGUCAUUGAUUCCCUUCCAGGCAGACUUCUGUGAAAUAAACUACUUGUGUAUUAUGAUGUCCCAAGUCAACACAAUCAUGAGUGACUCUGUUGUUUCCAUUUUAAACAUGACUAUUUUAAUAAUUAUAAAUUGAACACAAUGUUCAUAAUUUUGAUUUGAUAUAUUUUAUUAAUCCCUGUGAGGAAAUUGUCUUUUCACAUGACCUUUGGAGGUCAGAGUGCAAGGUCAGCCAUUGUACAGUGCCCCUGGAGCAACUCUCAGGUUAAGGGCCUUGCUGAGUUUAAUAAAUGAUAUCAACCUCGCUAUGUACUGUGCAUUCCUAUCACCAUUGACAAAGGACAGUAUGUGAUAUUUUAUUUUAUACAAGAUGAACAGAAUGUUAGGCUUCUUUGCAUCUGUAAUGGUAUAUCAUUUCUGAAGAAUAACCUGGCAACUGUGACACCCUGGUCUGUUAAUUGCUCAACUCUGGUAAAGCAAUUCAUUGGUUGGAGCAGGUGGCUUUAAGUGAAAUUCCUGAACAUCUAUUUUCCAUAACCUGACUUUUUCAUUUUAUACAUAAUCACAUUCAUGUUUUCUUUAAAAGUAAAUUAUUUGUUGUACAUUUAAUGUUAAGUUUUAAAUUAGAAAGCAAUCCUGAGAAAGUUGCUAGUAUAAUUCAUUUUCUAAGCAACUUAAAUAAAUAAUAGCAUAAUAAUAACAUAAUUUCAAUUUUAAA